AUGGCAGCGUGGGAUCCAGAUUCAGACAACUUGCCAAAGCUCAAAGAGCUACCCCGGAUACCCGGUGCGCCAGAGUAUGCCGCCUGGUUCUGGGGUCCAGCCGAUGAGUUGGGACGACUGAAUCUGCUUACUCCAAGGAGAGUUAUCGAAGCCUCAAAACUGGUUCAGACGGGAGAAAGGACGUGCUUGAAUUUGCCUGCCGAGUGGCCAGAGCCACCGUUUUUCGGACGUGCCCCUUUCAAACAUACCGUUCUGAAAGUUCGGCCGUACGCAUUUGACGAUUUGUAUGAGUUAAACACUCAGAGCGGUUCCCAAUGGGACGGAUUUCGUCAUGCAGGCAUUAAGCAUAAUGAGGGGUUUAUAUGGUACAACAAUACGACGGUCGAGCAAAUUGAAGAUAAAUCUGGCCGAAUCGGCACCAGCGCGUGGGGUCAUAGAGGUAUCGGUACGAUAUGCCUUUGCUUUCAGUUACGAGCAUUACUUGAGCUGACAAACAUGGGAAAUCAAGUCGGAAGAGGAGUCCUUAUCGACUUUUACGACUUCUGUGGGAAGUCUUACGACCCAUUCACGCCCCGGAAGAUCACAGCUGAAGAGAUCAAAUCCUGUGCGAAGGCGCAAGGCGUGGAGUUCAAGUACGGUGAUAUUUUCAUUGUAAGAACCGGCUUUUCCGAGGCGUACAGGAAGCUCGACCAGAAGCAACGGGAGGACAUGGGCGCAAAAGCCUACCUUGAGUUACAAUUUGCCGGUCUCUCUCGCGCCCAUGACAUGGUUGAAUUGCUCCACGACAACUAUUUCAGCGCGGUGGCCAGUGAUGCACCUUCGUUCGAAACGUGGCCAAUGGACGAGCCGGAGCAUCUUCAUCACUGGCUGCUUCCUCUCUGGGGAUGUCCUAUCGGCGAGCUGUGGGAUCUGGAACAAUUAGCUGAGUUGUGCAAGAAACACAAGCGGCACACUUUCUUCCUCUGCAGCAGCCCGGCGAAUGUGAAAGGAGGAGUCGGCAGCCACUCCAACGUCGUCGCCAUCUUCUGA